AUGGUGGAUCUUGAAAAAAUUCAGGAAAUUGCGCUUGAUGACGAAAAAUAUGUCAAUUAUUAUAAAAAAAUCUUAUCAGAUCCAUUUAUUUUAAUAUCAGACGAUCAAUCAAACACCUUUAACCAUGAAAAGAAUUAUCCCCAUAAUAUCAAAAUUUUGGAAAUACCUAGAAAGUCGUUCACUGCAUUCAGAUUGAAAUAUGCAUCUCCAACUGAAAUUUCAUUGAAUUCGACAACUUGCUUACUAGGAGGUGUUCCUAGAUCAUGGUUACUAUAUCAUCCUAAGAACGCCUUUACAGACAACAUAUCAAAGAUAUUUUUUACCAAUUUAAGAAGACACUUAAGUAGGUGGACUGAUGAAAAUUAUGUCACAGCUUAUGAGGACCAAAUAAAUGAUGAUUUUACUAGAAAUUUGGGUUACGAUACGAAUUUUGCUUCAAACGCUCAAAAUCUUGGUGACAAAAAAGUUCACUCAUCCCAUUUUUUAAAUAGUAAAAAUAAGAGCAAGACAGUGGCCGUAUUGAAUAGAAACAAGCAUGAUAACCAUCACAAUGUAUUAUCUAGGACAAUGAGCUUAGAUGAGGAUUCAGCAUUGAGGAAAAAUAUUAAUACUGUCAAUAAUAACAUCACUGCUACUAAUUCUAACAAUACGAUUAAUACUAGCAACCAUAGCCAGAUUAAUAAUGAUGAUACUUCAACGAUUAAUGUCACUGAAAAUUCUAUUUCAGAUCCUGUAUUAACCAAUUAUACAUCUCGUGAAAAAAAGGCGCCUAAUAUAAUAGUAUCAUCCACAGGGUCAUUAGAAAAAGAAGAAGCAAUCAACAACCACGAAAGAAAAGAAAAUCCAGCUUUUAAUUUCACAAAUCAAAAUUGUAUUUCGACCACCGAAAUGGAUGAAGUACUUUCUGUUGGCUCUCACAAUUAUACAACAUUUGACCGAAAAUUAAUUGCUUCUCUAUCUCCACAUAUUUCUAGAAUUAAAACACUAGAACCCAAUCCUAUAAGUGGACAAAAGUUACACUCAAUACAGGUAACAAAUUUAAGGCAAAAAAGUGAUCAUGGAACGCUGCACAGAAACAAAACAUUAAGUUCUACCAAGUAUAGCCAAACUUUAGGAACACAAAGAUCUUUGAUAUUAAACACCAUUUCCACAACAAAACAUUAUAUAAAUAAAAUAAAAUCUCCAAAUUAUUUAGGUGAACUUCAACCUGCUGCUACACAGCUUACAAUCGCUGAAAAAUUUAUGGAAAAUUUUAAAGAAGGUGAAAUAAUUAAAUUGGAAAAGAUGUUGGUUAUGGUUAAGGAACCGUUAGACGAACCAAACAACGAAACCUUGUCUUUUUGUAACAAUGAGUCUGUUGAAACUAGAGUCAAGGAACGCUGGAAAGAAUAUAUCGUUACUGCUCGUUCAACAAAUAAUGUUUAUGCUCCAUUAUUUUUACAGUUUUAUGACAAUAGAAUUAUACCUAAAAUACUAUUGAACGAAACAGGGGCCGGAAAGAAAUCUCGAAACAGAAUUACAAAACAUUUUGGAAACCGUUCUAGGUACAACUCGUGUAAGAAACUUGACUUCACCUUGGAUUCUAAUUGCUCCGUUGGAUUUUACAAUAUUUUAGAUAAAUCCAUUUAUAUAGCCAAACCCCGACAUAUAUAUUAUGGGCAUGUGUCUCAUGACGAACCUAACACAGAUCAGGACUGUUCUUUUCAAAUUUAUAUUUUGAAAUGCACGUCAAUGUUAUCUUCCAAUAGGUGGUUGACAUUUUUAAGGGAAUUUAUCGGGUUAAACUCUUUAACUGAAUCUUUUAAAAUAAACAUACCAAAGUUACAAAUGGAAUUACGAUUGAAUAUCCCCUAUAAAGUACAAUACCUGUUCAAAAUUAAAAGUGAAUCAGAAAAUAAAUAUUUGAAAGUUUUAAAAGUAGAUAGGGGCUAUAAGGUUUUACAAUUACCUAUAAUCAGAUAUGUAGAAAUUUUGCUCAGAAAAAUUUUAUUGGAAACAGGGAAUAAAGAAGCCGUUACAGGGUUUUGUGAUAAAAUGGACUCGUUGCUGGGAUUUGCAUGGAAACAGUAUGAUAGAUUAGAAUGGAAUGUUGGUGACCAACUGGACGUUUUACAAGGGAGUUUAAUUUUAAAUUUAACACAUACUUUGGAAUUUAGAAAAUAUCUCCAUUAUCCAAGAACAAUAGAGCUUCCAAUCGACGAGGAGAAACGAGACCACAGAGUAAUAAAGUUAAGUGAACCUGAGCCUAUAGAGGGGUUUCUUUCAAGAUUGACAGACAGAUACGGGAAAACAACAAGUCGUGUCUUUAGAAGUAAUUAUUUAAAAUUUAAUUACUUUUACACCAAUAAUGAAUUACUAUUUUUUACAUCUUCUUUUAAAGCUUUGCCCGUUAUACCCGAAAGUGUUUCGGAUGUUGAUUAUCUAACUUCAUCUGUUAAUAAAAAAGACUUCCCAAUUUUGGAGAAGUUACCUCAAAUCUAUAGCCAUACUCCGUUCCCAAUCAAUCUACAAAGUCAAAUCGAAUGGCUUGAUGAGAACUUAACUUUGAAAGAGUUUAUGAUUAAGGACGAAUAUGCAUUUAAUUGUGCUUCGAGGAGAGUCCAACAAAUUAUAAAGGCGGAGGGCCUUAUAAACCUAACGUUAGUCAAGUCGGUUGAAAAAUAUGUACUUAAGGGCAUUGGAUCAGAAUUUUAUGCAGAGUUUUUGAAGAAAUCCAACGAAGCAUUGUGGGGGAAAGAUAUAUCUUUAGGGGAAAUUUAUAAUUGUUUGUUUACAAUAACUAUGGAGGACAAUACUUUUAUUCGAUUUUUAGCUCCAACUGAGUUUAUAUGUAAUGAAUGGGUCAAUUCAUUAAAAAGAUUGGCUACAUAUUGGAAAGCCAAGAAAACACAGGAACUUAAAGGAAUGUGGGAUGUGAAAAUAACCAAUUUAAAAGCCCUAAACAUUACCGAAAACAAUGAAGCAAAUAUAUAUGCUAGAAACACACCCAAAUGGAUAACCGAAAGGGCUAAAUGUGAUGACAUCAAUUAUAACAUAACUACUUAUUCUAUGCUGCGACCCCUAAUUAGAAGCGGGAUAUUGUACCAGAAAUCACAUAUACAUACUACUUUCAAUAAGUAUUACGUGGUUUUAGUUCCGGGAUUUUUGAUGUUGUUCACGUGCUUUAUUAGAGGAUGUACUGGUAAAGCCUAUAAUACUGCAGACUAUAGACAUUAUUUAACUAUUCCAAUCGAAGAUUGCUAUGUUUACUCUGGUCAAUCUACUAAUUUAGAUUUAUUAAAGAGAGAUAAAGAAUUUGAUACGCUAAACCCAGGUAACCAUGCGUUGCCUCGUGUUUAUAAUGAUGGUUGGCAGUCAGGAGAGAAUGAGAUUUCUAGAUGCUUUAGUUUAUGGUUUAAAUCCAAAAGAAUAUUGGCCAAAUAUUCUUCGUUGCCAAACGAAUCCACUUUGAAAACAACCGAGGAGGAAUUUACGAAUAAUAUCUUUUCAAAUAGUCAGAAUUCUACUCGUUAUCAAGAUAUCAAUGAUACUUGUAACACUACAGACAAUUCUGUAGAUGUAAGUGACUAUUUAUUGUUGACAAAUUUAUUUCAAGACACUACUGAUGCAAAGUGUGAUCCAGUUGUUAUGGACAGGGAAAAGUAUAGUGGAGAAAAGGGGAAAAAAGGUGAGAGGAAAAAAAUUAACUUAGUGAGUAGGUUAGGAGUCACUGGUAGGGUUAUGGUUUUCAUGGCAAGAUCUAGGCAAGAAAGAGAUUUAUGGAUAUCCGAUCUUCACGUUGUUUUGGAGGGAUUACAUUAA